AUGCCAAGACACGUGAAUUGGCGGCAAAGCAGCCAACAAAAACAACGACAAAAUUGCAAUGCAGCAUUUGCCUGGAUCUAUGGCUGUCUGCUGCUCUUCGGUAGCAUUUGUGGCUCUCAAGCGCAUUUGCAUAAAUGGAAUAUACUACAAAAGGGUUUUCGAUUGAUGCAGGAGAGAAUGCUGAGAAGCAGCCUUGAACGCGCUCAUCUCAACUAUGGCAUUGUUUUUAAAUGCAGCACAAUCUCCGAUACGGAUCAUGGCUAUGAGGGAAAUUUCAAUUUGCAGCUGGGAGACCUCAGCGGAUUCCGACGUUUGAAUGCCAGAAAGAAAUUGGCUCUCUUUCUGCACGGUUGGAAUGAUCAGGGCAGUAAGGAUUGGGUCCAAGAAUUACUAUUGAACUGGACUGUAUUUGGCGAGGGUUACAAUGUGUGCGUUGUGGACUGGGGAAAUCUUUCGCAAAACGAUUACAAAAGCGCCUCGAUGUCCAUCUUCGAUGUUGGCCUCACAGUGGCGGGCAUAAUCAUUGCUCUGGAGGAGAUGCGUCCCAAGCAUUUCGAUCGACGCAACGUGACGCUGGCGGGCUACAGCUUGGGCGCACAUGCAGCUGGCUAUGCGGGAGCCGUGCUGCUCGGCAAGGUGGAGCAGAUUAUUGGACUCGAUCCCGCUGGACCGCUGUUCACGCUGCCAGCGGCAGUUUCGCCCAAAUACCGUUUAGACGAGACCGAUGCACAGUUCGUUCAAGUGCUGCACACUUCGGGCGGCACUUUGGGCACCAGCUUAAAGUGCGGUCAUGCUGAUUUCUAUCCGAAUGGUGGCAGAGCGCCGCAACGCAAUUGUUUGAUGUUUGUCAAUCUGCGUGAAAUGCAGAACACAAAUCCGAUUGCUUGCAGUCACUCGGCAGCUGCCAUCUUCUUUAAGCAGUCCAUGGAUCCCCAGUAUCCAUUUGUCGGCUAUCAAUGCGAUAGCUAUCGAGAAUUUGCAGCCGGACGGUGCAAUGGCAAUCGACGUGCUCGCUUCGGCAUUCAUUCGCAGCGUCGCACACAAGGUAGCUUUUAUUUCGACACCACUUCCAGCCAUCCGUAUGUGCAGCGACAGCGCUGGGAGCGACGACGACGCUGGCAAAGGAAAAGGGCACGCAAACUCAUUGCGAGAGCAGCGAAAAUUCCACAGACAACGGCAAUUGCCGUGGCAAGGUCCGCGGCAGGUGGCGAGCAACUGCGACGACGUUAUUGGACUCGCAGCUGGACGCGAAGAAAUAAUCGUUGUCACUUUUAA